CCAGAAAGACGCCAGCCCAGCCAUCGCCACCGCCACCGCCACCGCCACCGCCACAGCCACAGCCCGCAGCUCCGGCAGCUACGUGGCGCGAAUCCAUCGGCUACCGACAUGAAAUCGACCGCCGGUAACUGCCCUCGCUAAAGUACGCGUCCCCGUACUAUAAAAAUUCCGCACUUCCUCCUUCUCUCUCUCUCUCUCAGAGUUUCAGCUGAUUUGCUCAAAAUCAUCACCCCAAUCACAGCGGCCCCCCCCUCCCUCUCUCUCUCUAGCUAGCAUUAGAUCCCUCUGGAAGUCUUCAUCGCCUUUUACUGCCGCCAUUGCCCCUCUACUCGUCCGAUUUGAGCUCCUGCUUUUCGAGAUCGAGCAGAACAGACCCAGUGAGUUCUUGUGAACUCUAGUUCCUGUUCAGUUCAUACAUUUCAGCUAGUAUUUCGAUUUCUUGAUUUGGGUUUCUCCAGUUCCGUCGAUUCAUGAGGUCGCAGCUUCUCAAUUUCAGUAUUUGAUGCUGACCCAGUUCGUUUCUUGCUGCUGGGGGCUGGUUUUAGUGAAAUUGGAGUCGAAUCUUUUAGCUGCUUGUUGAUAAGGGUCUUAGGUUUGAGUUUGAUGAGAUGAUUGUCUGUCGGGUAGUUGUCUGAUUUUGGUUGGGAGGGAUUACUCGUCCUUGAUGAGACGCCGAUCACCGACAAGCACGCCAUCUGAGCUGAUGGAGAAGGGGUCGGCCAAGAACCAACACUCCCGGCUCUGUUUCUUAGCUUGUCUGUCUGCAUUCUUCUGGUCCCUGUUGCUGUACUUCCAUUUCGUUAUUCUUGGGGGGAGCGCAGGGGACGAAUCCGUCAAGUUAGGCCCUGUUUCAUUUAAUACCGAUCCUGCUCCUUCGCGGCUGGCCGGUUCCCGGCCGUUCUUGGGGGAUCCCCAGUUAGCCAAUGAUGCCGGUCUGCAAGAUCCGCCGGUGACUAGUUCGUCUGAUUUCCAUACGCCUGAACUGACAGUGGAUACUUCUUUGAGAGAUCCUCUGAGCACACCUGACCCCCGUACAAGUGAAGCCAAUGAUCGUCCUGAUUCAUCCGAGGCACGGGAAAGUGAGGAGCCGAGCUUCCCUUUCAUGAGGGCUCUUCAGACGAUCGAGAACAAGAGCGAUCCCUGCGGUGGAAGGUACAUAUAUGUCCACGACCUGCCCCCGAGGUUCAAUGAGGAUAUGCUCAAGGACUGCAAGAAACUGAGCCUCUGGACCAACAUGUGCAAGUUCACGAGUAAUGCUGGCAUGGGCCCACCCCUUGAGAACACCGAGGGGGUCUUCUCCAACACAGGAUGGUAUGCCACAAACCAGUUUGCUGUGGAUGUGAUCUUCAACAACCGGAUGAAGCAGUACGACUGCAUCACACAUGAUUCAUCUCUUGCUGCUGCUAUCUUUGUCCCAUUCUAUGCGGGUUUUGAUAUUGCGAGGUAUCUCUGGGGCUACAACAUCUCAGUUCGAGAUGCUGCAUCACUAGAUUUGGCUGAUUGGCUCAUGAAGAGGCCCGAGUGGAGCAUCAUGGAAGGGAAGGACCAUUUCCUUGUUGCGGGUAGGAUCACUUGGGAUUUUAGGCGAUUGACAGAGAAUGAAAAUGAUUGGGGCAACAAGCUACUUUUUCUCCCCGCGGCGAAAAACAUGUCAAUGCUUGUGGUCGAGUCGAGCCCUUGGAAUGCGAAUGACUUUGGGAUUCCAUACCCCACGUAUUUUCAUCCCGCCAAGGACUCUGAUGUGUUCCUCUGGCAAGAUCGAAUGAGGAAAUUGGAGCGGAAAUGGCUGUUUUCUUUUGCGGGAGCCCCUCGUCCUGAUAAUCCCAAGUCGAUACGUGGCCAGAUCAUUGACCAGUGCAAGAGAUCUGAAGGUGGCAAGCUGUUGGAAUGCGAUUUUGGGGAGAGCAAGUGUCAUUCUCCGAGCAGCAUCAUGCAGAUGUUUCAGAGCUCGCAUUUCUGUCUUCAACCUCAGGGUGAUUCAUACACUCGAAGGUCUGCUUUUGACUCUAUGCUUGCAGGAUGUAUUCCUGUGUUCUUUCACCCAGGAUCAGCCUACACACAAUACACUUGGCACCUUCUGAAGGACUACAUGAGAUAUUCUGUUUUUAUCCCCGAGGAUGAUAUCAGGAAGCGUAAUGUUAGCAUCGAGGAAAGGCUCAAGCAGAUUCCCCCGGAGCAGGUGAAUAAAAUGAGGGAGGAGGUUAUUAAUCUUAUCCCGAGUCUGAUAUAUGCUGAUCCUAGAUCAAAGUUGGAGACUCUCAAGGAUGCCUUUGACGUAGCUGUUCAGGCGGUUAUAGACAAGGUCACAAGGCUGAGGAGGAAUAUGGUGGAAGGACGGACAGAGUACGAUAACUUCAUAGAGGAGAAUAGCUGGAAGUAUGCUCUCUUGGAGGAAGGCCAGCGGGAGGUUGGAGCCCACGAGUGGGACCCCUUCUUUUCAAAGCCGAAGAAGGAGGGCGAGGGAGACAAUGGAGGGUCUUCUGCAGAAGCCGCAAAGAAUUCGUGGAAGAAUGAACAGAGGGCUCAGUCAUGAUCCAGAAAAAAUAUAACUAUAGUCUUCUGUGGGAGGACGGGUGAGCUGUGGCAGCCCGGGACAGGAAGAUAUCGACCUUGUUAGAUUGCGGGCGUUAAUUUUUUUUUAUCUGAUCAGUCGAGAUUCUUGUGAUGAAACCCGUGAUGAUGCUCUAAAUAUCUGGAUUUAGGCCUUCAAAUGUUGCAUAAGUGAGGCAUAGGCACAUAGCUGAAUUGAGUAUUUCUUUCUUAUACAGGGUGAUUAUGAAUGAAUAUGCAAAUUUUUCGUCUCUGUA